AUGACCCGAUCUGGCACAAUGACUUACUGCUAGGUGGUUGCUCUUCUCUUGCUCUUCUUUCUUCCCAGUGCUGCAGCUGGUGGCCUGGUUCCCGUUCUUGCCCCCUGGUCCACGCUGCAACUAGCCAAAGGGCAGUUCUUAUCACACCUUGUCCCAGAGCUGGCAGCGUGCUGCGAUGACACCUGCACCCGGCGGGAAGCUGCCCUAGUCCCUCAGGACUUCCAGGAGUACCUCUCUUACGAGCCAGUGUAUCCCAAUGGCACCUGCACCCUCACCAUGGUGGAAGUGAGCCCCUGGUCUGCCACGGUCAACACCUCUACAGGCUGCAUGGGCAUGCUGGUGUCCAGGCAGCACAUCCUCACUACUGCCCACUGCAUUCAUGACAGCAAAGACUACGUGAAGGGGGCCAAGAAGAUGAAGGUGGGUUUCCUGAUGCCAUCGCAGGGCGUUGGCAAUGGGAUGGGGCUGGUGAUGCGCUGGGCUCGGGUCACAGAGUGUGCCAUGGCCAGGAGCCCUUGGCAGCCACUGUGCUUGGGAACACUCUUGGCAAGGACACCUCUUCUGACUGAAUGCAGCAUGGUGCCACGUGGGUACCUACAGUAG